AUGGUAUCCAAGCUAAUUUCAGCCCUUAAAUCAAUUGAAAAGUAUUGCACUCAUUAUGAUGAUGAAAGCAUUAGAUCGAUCAAGGCAUACGCUUAUUAUACAUUAGCCUUAUUCGGUGAAACUUGUGCAACACAAUUGGCUGCGGAGCUUUACAAAGAAACGAAACUCAAUGGAAAUUUGGAAUAUCUUGCUUGGUUGGCAUCCACCAUUUAUAUUGGAAAUAACAAGAAGGCAACAACUAUUGUCAAUGAAAUUAUGUAUCAUUUGGAAAAGAAUGCCAAUGAAACGGCUCAAACAGCCAACUUUGUCACUAGUUAUGACGAUGCAAUGACGAACAAGCAUGUCAUGCUACACAGCGACAGAAUAACAGAUGGAAUUUGCUUAGAAGCACUCAUUCACAUGAAACCUCAAUCGCAUCUCCUUCCAAUAAUUGUCAAAGGAUUGUGUGCUCAUAAGAAGAAUGGAAGAUGGAGCAACACUCAGGAAUAUGUUUUCAUUCUCCUUGCUCUUAGUUCUUACUUUAAUAGGUUUGAAAACCUCACUCCAGAUUUUGUGGCUAAUAUUUGGCUCGGUGAAGAUUAUUGUGGUGAACAAGUGUUUAAGGGAAGAUCUAAGGAUGAAAAUCAAUUGAAUAUUCCAAUGUCCAUGUUGACCGAUGAUGAAGAUAGUAAGAUGUUAGCAAUUUCCAAGAAGGAACCUGGGCGAUUAUAUUAUCGAAUUGCAAUGGAUUAUGCUCCAAAGGAUUUGAAGGUUGAUGCAUUAAAUUAUGGCUUUGAAGUUCAAAGAACUUUUGAACAUGUCACAAAUCCUUCCCAUGUGACCUACGAUCAAGAAAAGAGUACUUGGAGAUUUAAAGCAGGAGAGUUAGUUCGUAUCAAUUUGAGGUUGACCAACACAAGUUGUAGAUAUCACGUGGCUCCUUUGUAA